AUGCCUGUCCUUCGGGAAGCUCUCGUGGCACGCACGGGCCUGGCCAUGGAGCAACUGGGCAUCGUGGUGUCGCACGCUGAGCGCGACAUUGUCGACUCGGUCUCAACAUUACUUCGACGAAUCAACAUCCCAUUUAAUAGUACCAGCCCGCCUGGUUUAAUCGAAGCCAACACGGUCGACCCAUGGAACAAGAGUGGCAAAUAUGCACUCGCCUAUGUUUACUUUUGCAUACCGCUACUAGUCAUUGCAUCGAUCAUGCGGUACUACCACCUAUUCACGGACAAGAUCCGGACAGCACUACAUCAAGAAGAGGUAUUACAGUCCUCGAAGACAUCUUCUCCCGACACAGACUACGAGCUUCCAGUACUUGAUACUGACAAGUCCACCAUGAAGUUCUUUCCUCGCGAAGGGCCGCUACCAAGUGGGCCAAAACAACAAUCCAGCGUAUCUUCUUACAGCCUCGUCAACAACACGGUGGCUUUGUUCCGAUUCAUCUUUUAUCGCCCGAUCCCACAGAUCCAGGUCAAGAAAGGAUGGAGGCCCAUCGUGUUCCCAUCUUUGGCCGUUGUUGUGAUUGUGGUCCUUGCUUUACUCCUGGGCGUUCUUUACUGUACCGUCCCUCAGCCACUGUUCUGGCGUAGCAUUGCCUAUGGCUCACCCCCACUGGCAGUUCGCUCGGGAAUGAUGGCAGUUGCCUUGGUGCCUUGGAUCGUGGCGCUUGCUAUGAAAGCGAAUCUCAUAUCAAUGGUGACUGGUAUCAGCCACGAACGAUUGAAUGUGCUUCACAGAUGGGCAGCAUACAUUUGUCUCGUUCUUAGCAUCAUGCAUACCGUCCCCUUCUACGUUACGCCAAUCUGGGACAAGGGCGCACGCCAAUCUUUUCAAAAGCUGUUUCAACAAAGAGACGGAAUGUACAUAUACGGCACGGGUAUCGCAGCGCUGGUUCCGCUAUGCUUCCUUUGCACACACUCGAUCGCGUCUCUCCGUGCACGAAUGUACGAACUCUUUGUGGCAGUCCAUGUGCCUGUGUCCAUGGUCUUCCUGGGCAUGAUGUUCUGGCAUUGCAACAACUACCUCACAUCAUGGGACUACCUGCUUGCGACGGUGGGCAUAUGGGUCUUUUCUUAUAUUAUGCGGCUUUUCUACCUCAACUGGACUCGUCCAGCAAGCAUGUCAUGGCUCAUCGGUGAUGAAGCCGCUGUCACACUCAUGCCCGAAAACGCCAUCAAAAUCACCAUCCCAACCCAGAUGAAGUGGAGACCUGGACAAUACGUCUACCUCCGCAUGCCCGGCAUCUCGGUAUUUGAGAAUCACCCCUUUACCAUUGCUUCGCUGUGCAGCGAAGACUUUCCGUCGGCGUAUGGCGAGGGGUACCGGGACAUGGUCUUGGUCUUUCGACCAUUUGGUGGUUUCACCAAGAAGGUGCUCGAAACCGCUCUCGACCACGGCCCUUGGCAUACCUACCGAGCGUUUAUCGAUGGCCCUUAUGGAGGCAUGCAACGACGUAUCGAGGCCUUUGACGACGUGGUGCUGAUCGCUGGCGGCAGUGGCAUCACCGCCAUCGUGUCUCAACUCUUAUCCCUGAUCAAAAAGAUGCGCGAUGGCAAGGCGGUCACACGCAAGAUCCACGUCAUCUGGGCCCUCAAACGCCCUGAGACGAUGGAUUGGUUCCGGGAAGAGCUUCGAAUCUGUCGAGAGUACGCGCCGCCCGAGACGGUAGAAUGCCAGUUCUACAUCACGGCAGCGAAGCGCAAUCCUGCAGGCGGCCUGGUUAGUGCAAAGACACCUACGCGUCCAGUGUCUCUCUACUUCCACGACAAGGUCAACGAUGCGUUCCAAAACAUUGCUGAGCAUCGCUUGUCGGGCGUCUCUUCCAAGCGACACUCUGCUCUGAUCCGCGAUGUCGCGCAAGGCGACGCGGAGAAGGAGUCUGAACUUCGACGCGAGAACGAAGACAGCAUCGCCGCGCUCCCCCAAGCACAUGUGCUGCCCAUCAACAGGGGCCAUCUUGCCCCACCACGCGCCAGCUACAACGGCGGACGUAAUUCAGCCGAGUCAGCCAGUAGCUCGAACCCAGACCUCAUUGCCCCCGCGCCACGUGGACUUGCUGCCCGUCGCCAGGACCGCAACCUCUCGCUGGACAUUUCACAGGCCGUAUCCGCCGGGUCCGGUGCGGUGAAUCCAGAAAUCAUCCACAACCCUACGGAGAACGCGCAAGGGUUCGACUUUGGGUUCCCGUCGACGCCGACUGAGUUCCAGAAGAACUUGAUGCGGUUUGCGUUUUUGCCAGCGGCAGUCAAGAAGAAGGAUGGGUGGAGCACAGAGUACGGACGCCCGGACAUCCCGUACAUACUCAAGGGGUUGAGCAAGAGCUUUGGCAGACGCACUUGUGUGUUUGUCUGUGGACCCCCCGCGAUGCGCAUCAGUGUCAGCCAGACGGUGGCGCAGCUGCAAAGCAGUGUGUGGAGCGACAGUGGGCGCGAUGAGAUCUUUCUCCACGCCGAGAAUUACGCUUUGUAGAGCGUUUAUGUUUUUCCUUGUCCUUUCUGUUGUGCAUAGUGUUGGCAGGCUUGGUGUAUAUACCCCCUUUUCUUUUUCUCCUUGUUUUUGUUUCUUCUACUCUACCUGUAACUGUAUGACGACUUGAACGACC